GCUCCCCCACUUCUCUCCCCAAGUUCCCCAAACCUUCGCGACACCGCCACGGCACAGCAGCGCCCGCUCGCCGUCGCACGCACGCACGCGCCAGUAGCUCCGUCUCUCCGGCGGCGAGCCCCGCCUCUCGCCUCUAACUGCGUGACUAUGGAGCGCGUCCUCUCCUGCCGGGCGGCGACCCUGGCGCGCCGCCUCGGGGUCCAGGCCCAGCCCCUGCCCCAGACCGGCGUGGUUCUGAGCCGCCGGCACAGCCACACCCGCCGGCGUGCGGAGGAAGUUCUAGAAGCGGACGCCGCGGGGCCGUCGACCACGCCAUCGGACGCCGCCGUGGGGCCGUCUACCACGCCAGCGGACCCCGCCGCGGUGGCCCGGCGGCUGGAGGAGGCGAUCGACGGCGCCAUGGCGCGGAUGGCCGAGCCCGACUGGGCGCCGUUCCGGCCCGGGACGUCCUACUUCGUGCCGCCCCGGCCGGCCGGCGCGGCCCUGGGGAUCCUCGCGCUCCUCGGCCACGGUGGCGGCUUCGUGGGGUCACCGGCCCCGCGGCGGGGGCUCUCUGCCGACGAGGCCCGCGCCGUUGCCGCCGCCUCCCGCGGGUAUCCGUGCUCGACCUACUUCAUCGAUGGCCACUUUCCAGAUGAAGGGGAGAGCUCAAGUCUGGAUGCCAAUCAAGCUCAAGAUGAAUGAAUGUAAGGGGGGCUACCUGUUGCACUGGAUGAAGUUGGGGAUCAAAAAAAGAUGCCCCUUUUCAUGGUCUCCUAUCACUUUGUGCUACUGUACAAAAGUUUGAAACAAUGUAUUCGAGAGCAACUUUAGAAAAUAAAUGUGUACCGAAUUCACAUGAUCUUCUAAUUUUAUGUAAGACUCGUCAAUAAAUAAAAGUAUGAUCUUGCUGUGUUUUCUCA